UAGGGCUCGUCCAAUUCCCAAGCUAGGAGCAGCAGCUGCAGGCUACAUUUCACUGAAAUAGUAAGGGAUUGCGAGUCCUUACAAACUUUAUCAUCUCUGUGGCUGGGGAACAGGGUAUCAGGAUGAACAGCAAUGGACCUAGUGUACCCGUCCUAUUUCUUUGUUUUCUUCUACUCUGUACACUUACCAAGAAGUCUGAGACUGAAGAAGACAUCAUUGUUACAACCAAGACAGGCAAAAUCAAAGGACUGCAACUCCCAGUUCUUGGGGGCACGGUGACGGCAUUUCUUGGUAUUCCUUAUGGAGAACCUCCCAUCGGUCAACUUCGAUUCCAAAAGCCACAUCCCCGGAGCAAAUGGUCUGAUAUUUGGGAUGCCACCAAAUAUUCCAACUCUUGCUAUCAAAACAUUGAUGAUAGUUUUCCUGGGUUUCCAGGAUCUGAGAUGUGGAAUCCAAACACUGAACUUAGUGAAGACUGUUUGUAUCUUAAUGUUUGGGUUCCAGCUCCCAAACCCAAAAAUGCUACAGUCAUGGUCUGGAUCUAUGGUGGUGGUUUUCAGUCUGGAACAUCAUCUUUACACGUUUAUGAUGGCAAGUUUCUGGCUCGUGUUGAAAGAGUAAUUGUGGUUUCAAUGAACUAUAGAAUGGGUGCCCUUGGAUUUUUGGCUUUGCCAGGAAAUUCAGAGGCCCCAGGAAACAUGGGGUUAUUUGACCAACAAUUAGCUCUUCAGUGGGUCCAGGAAAAUAUAGCAAGUUUUGGUGGGAAUUCGAAAAGUGUAACUCUGUUUGGAGAGAGUGCAGGGGCUGCUUCAGUCAGUUUUCAUAUUCUUUCUCCUAGAAGCCAUCCAUUAUUUACAAGAGCUAUUCUCCAAAGUGGGUCUGCUAAUGCCCCAUGGGCAGUAAUGUCUCCUUCAGAGGCCAGAAACCGAACUUUGGAUUUGGCAAAAUCCCUUGAUUGUCUUAGAGGAAAUGAGACUGAGCUAAUUAAAUGUCUUCAAAAUAAAAAGCCUCAGGAAAUAUUGGGUCAUGUAAAUCCCAUUCUCUCCUCUGGUUCUCUCUUAAAAAUCAACUUUUGUCCAACUGUGGAUGGAGACUUUCUCACAGACAUGCCAGACAGCCUCAUCCAGCAGGGGCAUUUUAAACAAACACAGAUAUUGGUGGGAGUUAACAAAGAUGAAGGGACAUACUUUUUGGUCUAUGGGGCUCCAGGUUUCAGCAAAGAUAACAGCAGUCUGAUAAGUCAAAAGGAAUUCCAAGAGGGGAUAAGAGAGUUUUUCCCUGGAGUGAGUGAACUGGGAGUGGAAUCCAUAGAGUUUCACUACACUGGCUGGUCAGAUAACCAGAUUCCUGAUAAUUUUCGUGAUGUAAUGGAUGAUGUCAUUGGAGAUUACAAUUUUAUAUGCCCUGCUUUGGAGUUUACCAAAAAAGUCUCUGAACUAGGGAACGAUGCAUUUUUCUACUACUUUGAGCAUCGGUCAUCCAAAACUGCUUGGCCUGAAUGGAUGGGAGUCAUGCAUGGUUAUGAGAUUGAAUUUGUCUUUGGCUUACCUCUGGAAAGAAGAGUGAAUUAUACCAAAGCAGAGGAAAUUCUGAGCCGCGCCAUUAUGAAGAACUGGGCCAGUUUUGCAAAAUAUGGAAAUCCAAAUGGAACUCAGAACAAUGGAACUAAAUGGCCAGUCUUCAGUUCUAUGGAACAAAAGUAUCUUACCUUGAACACAGAAUCAUCAAAAAUACAUGCAAAAUUGCGUGCCCAGCAAUGCCGUUUCUGGAAAUCAUUUUUUCCCAAAGUUUUGGACAUGUCAGGAAAUAUUGAUGAAGCUGAGCGUGAAUGGAAAGCAGGAUUCCGUCGCUGGAACAGUUAUAUGAUGGACUGGAGAAAUCAAUUUAAUGAUUAUACCAGCAAGAGGCAGAGCUGUGCAGGUCUCUAAUUAAUAGGCCUAGCCUUUCAGGAAUGCCCCUAUUGCUGUGGAUCAAGGCAAUUGGGCUGGUAGCUCACUUGUAAGCCUCAAAAGGAAGCUGUUUUAUAGCUGAACCCAAAUGCCAAGAGGACAAUAUUGAUUCCUCAUAUAUUCUCCUUGUAUUUUACCUUUUGUUUCAGGAAACAAUCCAUUUGACAGGCCAAAGUAAAAUGUACACAUUAAAGCUUGACCAUGAAUUUAUGGGCAAAUUGCAACCUUUAGCUAUUUAAAAUUCCUCUACCCAGAAGCCUUUUAAAGUUUUUAAAAAGUAUAUUUGCAGUCUUUUGAGAAAAAUGCUCUACUAUACUGAAAGUCACUGAUUUUAUUUUUAUUAUACCUUUUUUUUUUCUUUUUAAGACUGCAUUUGCCUAUCUUGCCUAGGCUGAAAGAGUAGUGGUCUCUCUAAGGUUCAAUCUAGUUCUGAUUGGCACACAAACUUUGACCUGCUCUAUUUUUUUAUCUAGGCUGUCUUCCCCCUUCUUAGGCAGCCAGUUGCCAUCCCCCAAUACUCAUGGACUCAUAAUGGUGGUGGAUUUAGUGUAGAUUUCCAAUCGAUUUCAGUCUCUGAACUCCAAAACCCCAACUACCCAGCAAUCUCUGCUUUCCCAGCAGCAAAGACUCUAGGCAUGUACAAUCAUGUCCAACUUUAUAUUAGCUCUCUAAAUUUAGGUCCUGUUUCUCAAGUAUCCCUUUUCAAAGGGAUGAGAGAUAAAAGGGAACUUAAAGAUCAUUUAGGACAAUACCUCAUUUUACAGUGGGAGAAACUGAAGCCCAGAGAGAAGAAAAUAUUUGCCCUAGCUCUCAGGAAUAGUAAAGUAGUGGAUCUGUGAUUUUUACUCCAAAUGUACCAUUCCUUUUACAAUAUCAUUAUGCCUUUAUCUGGCUAAUUUACCUGGCCAUUUAUUUAAUGUUAACCAGUACAAAAUGAUAACACCUUCCCCCAAAAUUCCUAGUGUCUUUGAAAGACUAGAACACACAAUUAUCAUACUAGCAAUAAUGGUUAUUGUUUUGAAUAAGUCAUUAAAGCCUGAGCCUUCUAAAUUUA